UGGAGUCAAAUUUUGUUGUCAAGUGAAGCUUUCGUAAAAUAUUUCAUAUCUCACCUGUCAUUUUCUGUUUGAGGCAAUAUGGAUACACAUGAAUAGAUAUUUCCUAAAAAGAGAGCUGAUGUCUUAGCAAUGCGGAAGGUUAUGAGGUGAUAAUCACCUUCGAGUUAGGAUGGAUACAACUCCGCCUUCGUUAGCAGAAGAUUUGGCUGAACUUCUAGCAGAGAAAACUAUUUUAAAAGCUCUCAAGACCGUAGAAGAACUUGAUCAGCUUACUGUAGAUGAAAAACUUAAUGACAUCGAGAGAGCAGUCUAUCUGUUAAGUAGUUCUGGCCAAGAAGUUCAGCGUAUUAGUGUUAUUACAAACCUUCCCGACCUCCUUCAAAACAACCAUGCAGAAUGUAUGCGGAGAGUGGUGCCGAAAGUCAGAGAAGUUCUUUAUGUGGCCCAGUCAGAGAUGCAAGUGGCAGCAUCAUCAGCAUUCCUUCAAAUUCUGCAGCGAGAGCUUGUGCCCAUCCAGAACUACACCCAGACAUUCCUCCAGACCAUCUUGCUCAGCGUAGACAGCAAAGACCCAGAGGUUGCAAAAUGUUGGUUAGACACUCUGUUAGAUGUCAUAGAACUACUGCCGAAAGAUGUUAUUAAAUCGGACAUUCUUUCCAUUGCCAUUUCCAAGGGGCAGUUGUCACAGGCUGUGCAGUCUCGAUUGUCUUGCUGUAAAAUACUUGGCAAAAUUGCAACAAAGUUUGAACCUUUUGUCAUUAAGAAGGAGAUUCUACCUGUGGUCCAGUCACUGUGCCAGGAUGUUGAUUACGAAGUGCGUGGAUGUAUGUGCUAUCAGUUAGAUGCAGUCGCCAGAGGACUGGGCCUUGAAUCUACGAAAAGUGCAAUACUUCCUGAACUGGUGGAGUUGACCAACGACGAGGAGAGUUACGUGAGAAUCGCAGGGCUUGAAACUGUGGUCAACAUCCUCAGUCUACUCGACGAUGAUACCUGCAGUACAACAAUCAUUCCACUUGUGUGCAAGUUUUGUCAGCAGGCCAACCAGGCACAGGACUCGACACUCCCUGCCAUUGCCAAGCAGUUAGGGAGAAUUUGCCACGAACUUUCUAGAACUUUGACGGACGAUGAAAAAGAAUUGUUUGUAGAUUAUUAUCGAAAAUUCAGCAGAAUUGGCAGAUCUGAGAAGGCUAAGAAUACCAAAGAGGCUGAGAAGGAAUCACCACCAAAGGUGUUUUUUAUUCCUGAAUAUUUGGUAGAAGAAGAUUCUUCCGUUGAAUGUAGAAAGAAUUGUGCUUUUAAUUUUCCUGCUAUGGUACUUUUUGUUGGUGCCAAACACUUCAAGAGUUCUUUAUAUAGCACACUAGUGAGUCUCUGUACUGACCCUAGCAUCGUGGUGAGGAAAACAAUAUCAACCGGCUUCCAUGAGGUUGCCAAAUCACUAGGCAGCUAUGUUAACAUGGUUCAACCAGAACUUGUUACAUUACUCAAGGAUGAAUCUGUUGAGGUUCUGCAAGGAGUGAUCACGUAUCUUCCAGAAACGCUCUCUGCUAUUGCAAAUAGCAGCACAAAUACUGCAAUAGACUCUAAGUUGCAGGCUGUAUCAGACAUCAUUCCAGUGAUCAUAGAUGCGGAGCGAGUCAUCUCAACGUCUAACAACUGGCGGCUUCAGGAGGUCCUCAUGACCAAUUUGGCCUGCCUCACAGAUUGUUGUAGCAAUGAUGUCAUAUGCUCAAAAGUCAUUCCAAUGUUAUUCGAGAAACUCAAGAAAGGGAGGGCAUUACCGGUACGGCAUGCAGCAGCACGUACUGUUCUUCUGUUGCUUAGAAACCUUAAGAAGCUGGAGCAGCGUGAAGCAUUGAUACAUAAGUUUAUUAAUGAGUUCUGUCACGGAAACAGCUGUCACCGGAGAAACUUGUUUAUAGAUAUUUGUAAAUUUGUUUUGGAAUAUUACUCAAAGACAUUUUUCAAGGACUACUUUUUUGAGCCUGUUCUUGAAUUGACUUCUGAUCCUGUACCGAACAUUAGGUUAAGGAUGUGCUCAAUUCUACCCGAUUUGAAAAGAUUAGUUAAAAUUCCCAACGAUCGCAAUCUUGUUCAGCUCUUGGAUUCCUCAGUUCGGAAAAUAUUCAUCAGUGAAAAAGACAGAGAUGUCAAUGCAGCCCUAAAAAAAGCUGCAGAAAUGUUGGAUAAGACUCCUGUUCAGAUGGACUCUGUGUUAAAUCGACACAAAACUACUGAAGAUGAUAUUGAUGACAAUCAAAAGGAAGAGCAUGAAAAGAGACUGUUGAUAGAGGAAGAGAGGGAGAAAAAAAUGGAAGAGGAAAAAAUACAGGCUAAAGCCGAGAAGAAAAUCAUAUCUACAAAAAAAGGAGACAAUUGUUCGAGUAAAAUACCAGCUCCUAAAAGAGGGGGAGGAAAAUCUUCUGCACAUGCUGUUAAAGAUACAAAGAAAGCUGCCGGUUUAUCUGUGUCAUCUGGUACUGCGAUAGGUUCAAUGAAAGCAGAUCAUGGUCCGCAGUUUGUUUAUCCAUCCUAUUUCCAUCAUGAAGCUCCAAACCCCAGCAGCAAGACAAUGGUUAAGGCUUCGUUGGGAAAAGGGAAUCAUGCCUCGCUUGGCUCAGGUCUUAGGAAAAGCUCGGCCACAACACACAGUAAUGUGACUGCACGGCGUGGAUCCACAACCAGUGCUAGCAGUACAAACAGCAGUACUAGCAGUGUAUUUUCUCCGAGAUGUGUAUUUCUAGAUAAGAUUACUUCCCCCCACCCUCAAGUUCUGACCGUUUUCUUUCAAAUUUUGCAGACUACAUGUAUAAUACCAAACCGAAAAAGCCCGGAAGCAGCAAUGGAGUCGGUAGCACAAUGGGGAAAUCAUCUAAGUGAAGAGUGUCUAAAGGUGUGGUUUAUAUCACAUAACAUGUCUGCACAACAAGUGUUUGUUUUUGUUUCAUUUUCCGUCCACAUAUACUUGACUUACAUAUGGAUUGCUGAAAGGAGCCUGCGACACCAAAGAUUGUUGUGUUUUUGUAUGAAUAGUUCAACUGAGUUUAGGUCUUUUGUUCAUCACGUCCAUACGUGUGUGCAUGCAGAAUGAUUCAGGGCAGGAUUCAAAGACAUGUUAGUGUUUAGGACCAGAUGGACUUGAUGACAUGUGACCGACGGAAGAAAAAGAAAUUAUUUGGUAUUUCUGUAAAAUACCAAUAGAAAGUGUGGAUCUGAAUGGAUGAAGAUCCUGCCUAAUUAAAAAUUACAUAUAUUUUCUUUUAUACGACUAUAAUUUCACCUUGUUUGUAGAAGCCAAUUGAGUGGGUAAAAUGGUGGCUAUUACCAUAUUUCCACUAUAAUGACAGCUGUAAAAUAUCUAUAAUGGAUCCUCUCCCCCCUCAAGGACAUCAGCACCAAAACACCUCAUAAAAUAAAUAAAUAAAGUCUGAGAACAAAGGUUUGUACCACCCCCAUGUUGUUAGGUACAUACUACAAUAUAUAUUGGUUUAAACAAUAUUUAUUCAAUUUUUUUCUGGUGGGAUUGGUCGACAGGCUACAAGCCUAUAUUAGGACCUUUCCCUACAUUUUUUUUUACAAACAAGCUGUGAUAAGAUGACAGACUAGGUACAUAUAAUAACUAACGAUAAUAAAAACAUAGUAGAUAAUUAACAUAGAAGUGAGCUACAGAAAGGAAAAGUAUGUUCAGAGAAAUAAGACCGGUAGAAAAAUGUAACAAUAAUAUAAUAUAUAUUAUAUAUUCAUGGAAAACGAUGGUAAUGAAGGAAGAAUUCAAACAGUUUUCAAGUUAUUAUUUAUUGGCCGGUCUUAAAGAUGAAACUAUUUGUGAUGUAUCAUCAUUUAUUUGGUUUUCAGAACUUCUUUCCUUAUGUAUAUAUAUUUAUAUAUAAACUUUCUAAAUUACAUUUAUAGCACUAGUUGUAUUUAUUUUUAAAUUAAUAAAUAAAUUAAAACAAAUUAAGUCGCAACUGCCUAUACUUACAGGAGAAAUACGGUAUAUAACUGAAGAUGUAUGGUUUGACAUUUUGGAUAUCAUUGUUUUUAAAAUAAUAAUAUAUUUGAAUAGGACUCCGACUGUGAUGUCAGUCUGAAAGCAGUGAAAUAUGGUCAGAAUGGAUUAACACAAUGCAAAUGAUGUUAGUUUACUGUGCAUGUGACUGUGUGAGUAGUUAUCACAUGUGACCGCUUCAUUCUCACAUCUCACAUCUCACAUCGCAGCUAGUUUAUAAAUGAUUCAUAAAUACUGCAGUGUAUGUUUUCAUAUAAAAUGUUAAUGCAAUAGUUUGGAUUUGCUUGAUAAUUUAUGUUUAAGUGAGCAUAACAUGUACAACUACAUUACACAUUUCAACGGUGUUAAUGUUAAUGCAUUAGUUUGGAUUUGAUCGAUAAUUUAUGUUUUAGUAAGCAUAACCUGUACUACAGUACACAUGUCAAUGGUGUGUAUGAAACAAUAAAGAUGCGUUGACCAAGUGUACAGAGAGUCGUACCUACCAGGUUCCACAUAUAGCUCUACAUUUGAUUAGAAAUAAAAGUGUGCCAUAAUAUCUUCAUAGCUGUCACAAGCUGUUAGCAUCAUAAUUAUACACACACUACAUUUUCAUGCUGCUUUUUGAGACUACAUAGACGACAUAUGAAUGCACUUGUGUACAAGUUUCAUUUUGUAAAAUCGAUAACAGGAACCAUAAAAGUUAAAUCUAUAACUGAAGUAUUAUAAUAAACUAUAGAAAAAAUAUUAUUUUAUUUGCUUCAUUAUUUGCUGUGUCUAAGCAUGUUUAAACGUGUGACAGCUUUAUAAACUGAACUAAACAUAAAUUUAUGUCUUUGUGAAAUUGGCUUUAGAUUAUUACUUUCUUGCUAUUUUCUCUAGUUAGAAAACCACAGUUUAAAAAAUUACCCCUAACUUUUCAAUAUGAUAAACUAAGAAGCACAUUAUAUUUUAAUGUAUUCCUGUUCAGCACCAAUAUUUCCAUUAUUUGUAAGUUUUCCCCGUGAUGGUCAAUUAGUGGUUACAAGCACAGGUGUUUUUUUCACAAAUGUUUUUCCUUGUUGAGUUGGAUCAUCUCUAAUAAGCGUACACCUGUCAUGUACAUCAUGUUUUAUAAACAUGGUUUUAAAGUAAUUCCAGUGAUUCAUUAAUCAAAUUUUCCACUGUCAAAGAUUCAUCAAUAUUUGGUGACAAAUCCAUAUUGGUAUUAUUUUACUAAACUUGACUUGUUUUUGGAGUUUACUAAAUGACACCAAGUGCCGGAUUUACAAAGCCUGUUUUUGACUUGCAUACCUGUUAAUUACAUUUAUUUGCAAUUCUUAAACUGUAUUUAAUAACAGGCUUCGUAAAUUUGUCCCUUUAUGUUUGUAAAUGUAUAUAAAACAAGAUUAUGUGGAGGAGAUUGGGAAUUUGUGUUGAACCUAUUUGUGGUUUAGCAAUACAGAAAUGUGAAAUGUGAAGUUCAGUUUGCAGUCUAGAUUUUAGGCUAGGAUUUUUUUUUUUUUUUUUUAUUAUUUUUUUUUUUUUUUUUUUUUUUUUUACAGUAUUGUAAACUCAUGAAAAAUGUAGUUCUUGGGUCACAAGCAAGUGGGGUCCUGGGUCUAUGAGAAAAACUAGUGAAAAACUUAAUUGGCACUAGAUCUUCAUUAUCUGCUAUCAUUUGUGCUGUCUGAUUGCCUAAUAUAGUGGAAGCUGUUACAGAAAUCUUAACAUUACACUCGGGGCAAAGAUUUUUCAACAAUUAAAUAAAAAAAAAUCUUUUUUUUUUUUUUUUUUUUUUUUUUUCUUUUUUUUCCUUUUUUUAAAUAAAACGUUUUUUUUUUAAAAAGUGAAUUGUUUGGAAGUGUUUCGAUAUUGUGUUGCAGUCCUUCAUUGUACAGAAAUACCUCCUCAUGAACUAAUAUUGUUGAAGAAUGUUGUUGUUUUUUUCCAGUCUGUAAAUAUGCAUGUAGGUUCAAAUACAUGUUGUCUUCCUGAAUGUGAUUUGUCAUUUUACCUCGUGUUAUAAAACUGGAUCAUUUAAAAAUACAUUGUGAAGCAGUUUUUACAAUGUAAAUGUGAGACUGUAUUCUUGUUUGGCAGUACAAAUGUGUAGCAAUUUGUGUUGGUAUUGAAAAAUACUCUUUUUUUUUACAAUGUCAGACUGCAAUAUCUAACACGUACUGUAAAAGCAUUGUUAAAAAUAUGUUUGGUAUUCAGCAAUAUUGUGUCAUAAUUGGUGACUUAAAUAUGUCAUGUUAUGCCUCAUGUCUACAUUAUAAAUGACCAAUUAUUAUUCCUAGUGAACACUGGUGUGGUCAGCAUCUCAUGAUUUAAAUGUUAGUGAAAUAAAGAUACAAGUGGUAUUCAAAGUCUGUGUAACCUGACCUUUUGGGGUUUUUUUUACACAAGUCAUUUCAUCUUUCAGAUAUUGUGUUUAACCACAACACUCAAUUCAAUAACAUCUGUAAAUGGAGAAGAAGAAAAAGAUAUCACAGCAUAUAACUGUGUGAUCUUGUCAAAUUUGCAUUGAAUAAUUUUACCAUCAGUUUAUCACAUGGAAAUUUGAAAUACAAUUAUGCAGAUCAUUGUUGGGCUACAGAUGUUUUGAAUCCCCUUCAUACAAACACCGCCCUGCCCCCAAGGAAGGCAGAUAUGUAUUGUUGAAAGUUAUAGUUAUUGCAGAGUUUUCAAAUUCUAAAACACAAGGAAGUCUUUAAUUAAAACGCCAGUGCAGGCAGUCAUCAUAAACAACCUGGUCUUUUCUAAAUAAUAUGUCUAAAAACUACUCAACUUCAACAAUAAUUGAGGUGGUUUUAAAACCACUACUGGUAAAACAAUCAUAUUAUAUUUAAAAAAAAAAAAAAAAAUGGAUUUGGACAAAAGACAUGGGAUAAUUACUGUAAGAAGUGAAAAGUGGAAAUGUACAAUGUGAUGGCAAAAUGUCACAGGUAGAGUAAAUGUACUCAAGAGUUCCAUUAUCAAAAAAUAAUCCAUUUAAAGUUCAGACAUGCACCUGUCGUCUUUACUCGUACCAAUCAUAUGUACAGUUAUUUAUAAUUCUAAACAAUAAUAGGUUAUGUCAGUUAUUCCUGGAAUAAAAUGGAAAUGAAAGUUGCUCAAUUAUCACUAAAUAGACCAAUAUGAGGCCAGUAUGUGUUUAUCUAUGUGUGUAUAUAUAGAGAUCAUUAUUCAUUAUUUUAAAUCAAGUGACAAAUAAGAUAUAAAUAUUUACUAGACACAUAAUCUUGAUAAUAACUAGUAGUGAGCUACCAUUUUAUGUACAGGCGUAUUUAGUUCCAUUGUAAUAUCUUUAAAAAUACAACAUUUAUAAAGAGAUCUCAAGUCAUGCUGCACACUGUGCAAAACAUUAGCUUUGCUUCCUUUUCAUAAAUUAACUGUAUUUGAAUAUAUUAUAAUUAUUAUCAGUAUUCCAAGAAUGAAAACAAAGAGAUGAAAUCAACUUUGAAAUACACACAAGGCCAUGCCAGAGAUUGGAUGUGGGAGAGACUGCCUGAACCUUAAUUGGAUAGAGGCACGUUAAUAGAGUUUACAAGGCAAUACCAAAUUGUGAUGUCACAUUCAGUAGUUGUUUAUGAAUAGUUGGAACUGUCCAAUAAAGUCAGAGUUUAUUAAUGAUAAUCUUUGUUAUAUUACCUGUGGAAUGGGGUUGGGUAUUGGAAUAAGUAAUGUCAUCAGCAGGCAAAGAUGGCAAACACUAUUUUAGAUCAGAACAACACAUGUACCGAGUUUUUCUUAUCCCUCCUGUGAUGUGGGGUAGAAUCUGGCCGUGAUGGUGGCGUGCUAGUCUGGGGUGCUUGGGUCAUACGAUCGAACUUCUUCCACAGACCUAUUGGGUUUAUCCCCUCCCUCCUCUCUCUGCGCCCGCCCCCCCCCCCCCCCCCCCCCCCCCCCCCCCCCCCGGACCCCAUCUCAAGCAAUGCUCCACAACUGGUAUGUCAGAGGUGAUGUCCUAUCUGGGAAAGUUCAUAUAAGAGAUCCAUUAAUGCUAAUGGGGAAACUAUAGCAGAGCCGAGUUCAGCCAGACCAAGCAGAAAACUGUUCGCUAGACUGGUUUAUGCACUUCACAGUUGGAAACCAAUCAAAUAGGUCGCAAACAUUAGCGAAACGUUUGCCAGCUGAACUUGGGGCAGGUUUUCUCUGUAGACUGUCGGACAUCCAGUGGCCAAUGAUUCAUUAAUCAGUGUCCUCUAGUAGUGUUAAACACAGCAAGCAUUUAACUAUUACUAAUACUGAUAGUAGUAUUACAGUAUGGUUAACUGUAUAUUACUUAUUUUUCAAGAAUAUGACUGCACAAUGCAUUCUUGUAAACAAUGCCACUUGAUUUUGUUUUGCUUACUGUGUUCAAGCCUUUACCCACAGGCCAUACUUUUGCAUCAUUAUCAAUGAUGGCGUUAUAAAUAAUGAUUGAUAGUUAAAUUGUUCAGUUCAGGGCAGAAAGCAUUUUGUAAUUUUCGGUUGUUAAUCUUUUGAGUAUUUAAAAACUUUAAAUAAUAGUUAUUUGGCAGUCACAUUUUACAUUAAGGGAUUAGCAAUCAACUUGGGAGAACGUACUCAAAUAUGUGGAUUUUUGUAAAGAUAAUAUAACGUGUCUAUUCAGCUGUUUUUAAUACUUUGUCCACUAUAUGUGCAGAGGAUUUUGAAUUUCACAACAAUUUUUACAUCAUUUCUACAGUUACAAACGACUACAUACAUGUAGCUUAAAUUGUUAUUAAGGAUUGAAUGUUUGACAUUUUACCUUCCAUGACAUUUGAAACUUCAUGAAUAUAUUGAUACUACGAGGGGUGAUCAAAACAUUCUCAGCCUAACUAAGAAGGGACUGUGUGCAUGACAUGAUUAUGCAAGACUGAUUGCUAACCACCAGGAAUGUAGCCAGUGAGGUAGGCCUAUUGCACGAAUCCUGAUGAAUGUGCUGUCCAUGACAAAAGAUGUGCUCUUCCAUCAGGAUUGCACCUUCUCACACUUCAGCAGUUGCCACGAUUGCUCUGCAUAAAUCAGACUUCUAUCUGUUUUCUAAUGCAAAAUAAGGAGUUACAAACCUUGCUAUGAAACAAAUUGAGGGGAGUGGUUAAUUGAUCCCCCAACUUGGAUCAUGGUGAGCCAUUUAAGGAUAUAUUGAUACCAUCUAAGGGGAAUAAACAUUUACUCUCCUUGAACUAGUCUCAGGGGAGUGAUGGGGAGUGAGCAUGAUGGCUCCCCUUAAACUGCGAGGUCUGGAGUCACCUGGCAGACCAGACAUUAUGCUUAUGAUGAUGGCAAUUCUGCUGUUGAGCAGUUGCUAAACCUGCAGGAAGAAUUUUUCCAUGUCGGAGGCAACCAGGCAGUGCAGCACCAUUGGAAGAAAUAAGUGGACAUCCUAAGGGACUACUUUGAAAAGUAACAGAUAGAAAUAUCCAUAGGGAAAGUCUGUCCUAGUUGUAUUGAGAACUUUCUGAUAACCCCUCAUACAUCAGGAUUUAGUGUUACAAGUGUAUGUAUAUGUAUUAAAUCAAAAUGCCGUCCAUAGAUAAGUAUCUUAAAACUAAUUUUGUCAUGUUUUGUUUCUAUGAAAACAUUUAUAUGAAAGAUAUUGCCAGUGAACAAUGUUUUUAUACGGUCUCAGAUGUUUGUUAUUUGGUUAUAUUAUAUUUUAAUUUUUGUUAUAUUUAUUGAAAAUGCCAUCUCAUUAUUGCCGUAUUAUAUUUCAUGGUCUCAUUGUACUGGUAUUUCUUUCGUGUUGUGAUAUGUUGUAGGAAUAUAUUAUCAGUAUUGUAUUUUAAGGUAUUUGUGUUAUCUGUAUCAUAUAUUUUAGUAUAUGUAUGGUCAUUUAUUUUGAAAUGAAAAUGUUUGUAAAUAAAUCUCUCCUUUUUU